AUGCCCCAAACGCUGAGUUCUACCAGUAUGUUUACCCCAUGUGGCUUCAGCCCUCAUCUACAUACUUCAAAAGAAGAUGAACAAGGAGGACUGAUCUUCCAGGAUGGAAACCUUACCUCAGCAUCUCUGGAUGCUCUAAUCCAGCAUCUCAUACCUACCACUGAUUACUACCCUGAAAAAGCCUAUAUCUUUACAUUCCUGAAAAGUUCCAGACUCUUCAUCGAACCCCACGAGCUUUUGUCCCGAGUUUGUCACAAGUGCAUUGAGCAGCAGCGGCUGGAUGACCCUGUGCUGGACAAGGCUCGGAUCAGAAAAUUUGGACCCAAAAUCUUACAGUUGCUGACAGAGUGGACAGAGACAUUCCCAUAUGACUUUCAUGAAGAGCGGAUGAUUGGCCAUCUAAAAGACAUGAUUCACAGGAUAGCCCCGUGUGAUGAGGCCUACUGGAAAAAGAUGAAUCAGCUUUUGCAAACCCUGAAUCAGAAGCUUGCAAGCCUCAGCCAUGGGCAAGAAGGGAUUGUCAAGAUCAGUGCUGCUGUCUCUGAUAAGCUGGUUGCCUUUAAAAGUAAACCUCCAUCAAUUCAGAGAGAAAUCCUGAGCGUCUGCAGUGACCCUUACACUCUGGCUCAGCAGCUGACACAUGUGGAGCUGGAAAGGCUAAGUCACAUUGGACCUGAGGAGUUUGUGCAGGCAUUUGUACAUAAAGACCCUCUGGAUGGCACCAAGACUUGUUUCAGUGAACAGAAGAAGACGAGUAACCUUGAGGCCUAUGUGAAAUGGUUCAAUAGACUCUGCUAUCUUGUAGCCACAGAAAUUUGCAUGCCUGCAAAAAAGAAACAGCGAGCACAAGUCAUCGAAUUCUUCAUUGAUGUUGCCCGAGAGUGCUUUAACAUAGGGAAUUUUAAUUCGCUGAUGGCAAUCAUUUCUGGAAUGAACAUGAGUCCAGUUUCCAGGCUAAAGAAGACUUGGUCAAAAGUGAAAACAGCGAAAUUUUUCAUACUUGAGCACCAGAUGGACCCUACUGGUAACUUCUAUAACUACAGAACAGCAUUGCGGGGGGCUGCUCACAGGUCACUCACCGCACACAGCAACAGGGAGAAGAUUGUGAUCCCCUUCUUCAGCCUAUUGAUCAAAGACAUUUAUUUUUUGAAUGAAGGAUGUGCUAAUCGCCUUCCAAAUGGACACGUCAACUUUGAAAAAUUUCUGGAACUGGCUAAGCAAGUAGGAGAAUUUAUAACAUGGAAGCAAGUGGAAUGUCCCUUUGAACAAGACCCUAACAUCAUCCACUACUUGCAUACUGCUCCCAUUUUUACUGAAGAUGGUUUGUAUCUGGCUUCUUAUGAAAGUGAAAGUCCGGAAAACCACACAGAAAAAGACAGGUGGAAAUCCUUGAGAUCCACUAUUUUAGGAAAGACUUGA